AUGAAGUGGCCUCUGUUCCUGCUGGGUGCCUUGGUUGGCUCCAACAAGCUGCGGAGCGCCCCAACUGUCGGCGUGAUUGUGGUGGGCGAUCCAGCCUUUCAGCGCCGCUAUGAGGUGCAGAUUAAGAGCAUUAGAUGCUAUGCUGACAGGCACGGCUAUGAGAUGACUGUUCUGGCAGCCUCAGAAUUUCCCGAGUGCAAGCGCUUCUUAGACUUUUUCUUUAGAAAGCAUUGCACAGUCUCCAAGUUUCUGGAGACCAAGCCGUCCGAGUACACAGCUGCUGUGUUUGACGGAGAUGUCGUCGUCGCUGCACCCAACCGCGGGCUGGACAAGUGGAUAAACCAUGGAGCAGACAUCCAGCUCUACAAUCGUUGCCUCUUCCAUGAGAUCAUGGCAGGCAACUACAUGGUCCGGAACACGGCCUUUGCGCGGGACUUCCUGAUGCGCUGGGCACUGUACUACGACCGGAAGCCUCAGGGCUUCUCCUCCUCAGAUAACGGCGCCAUCCAGCUCGUCGUCAUGGAGACCAUCAAGGUGGAGGGCUUUGACACCUGCUACGAUAUGUACCGAAAGCUCACAGAAUCCGUCACAAAUCUGAAGCCCUACUGGGACUACGUGCACUGCACCAAGGAGGCAAUCGGCCCGGCACGUGCCUGGAAGAUGGAGGGCGGGUCUCUCACCAUGUGGCCGCGCCUGGAGUUCUUUGCAGCGGACGGGGUCUUCCUGAACAGGUGGGCCAGUGAUGAGGUUGGGCCCAUCAUGCAUCAUGGAGUGAAGGAUCCGAACGAUGUCACCUCCUUCUACUACAAGGACCUUGACAAGUGCGAGCUGAACAGAUCUUCGGUGAUACGCUCUGCAGAGCAGCUGGGAGAGACAGCGUUGCAUUUGGCACAGUCCUACCCGGAGUAUUUCCCCGCAGGGCGGAGCUGCAAGCAAUGCGCUGAGCAUUGCAUGAAGAGCUUCUCCUGUGAGCCGCUUGAGGAUGCUGAGCAGCCCCGGCCACGGCAGGUCUCGUCUGGGCCCAGCACCUUCGUGUUGGAAGACUCCCCCGAGAGCCGAAGGCAUUCCUGGGGCUGGUCCAGGUGGCAGGUCAAGUGA